CGAUGCAGAAGCGGGAGGAAGCUGCAGUGCUUCUUAAGGACAAUUUAGGCCCACUCAACGAAACGACGAUACAGGUCAUCCUCGGAACGUUAGAAUCAAAAUGCGGUCCUCAGUUCUAUCAACCAUUGCGCUGACUGCAAGCGCCGCAGCGCAAAUCACCUUCCAGAACAGCAGCACCACAAUCCUUCAAACAGAUCCCGGAACCUACGGACCGGAAAUAGAAGAAUACCACUACUACUACACGCAAUGGCCUAUCGGGCUCGCCAUCUCCUCGACAGGCCGUUUCUUCGCCACCUACACCCGCGGCUCCUACGCCUACACCCUCGGGGAGGUCGUCAACAAAACAGCCGAAGUCCCCUACCCAUCCGCAUCUCUCAACCUGCCCGUCUCCCAACUAAACACAAGCUGGAACGGAAUUCCGUUCGGCAGCAACAACAGCACAGGUCUAAUCAGUGUUCAAGCCCUCUACAUCACACCUGAAAACGCCCGUAGACCCGAAACGCUUUGGGUUGUAGAUACCGGCCGUCCUACCAUCACAGAUGGCAGCGGCGCACCUAGUAUGCCUUACGCCCAACCUGGUGGACCUAAGAUCCUCGGUAUCAGUCUGGAUAACGAUACUGUCUAUGCAACCUACACGUUCCCACCCUCUGUCCAUUUCCCAGAUUCCUACAUGAACGACAUCCGCUUCGACCUGCGUGCCAACACGACAGCCUCUGGUUCCGGCGUCGCAUACAUCGUCGACAGCAGCGAUGAAGGACGGCCCGGAUUCAUCGUCUUGGACCUAGGUACCGGCGAGAGUUGGCGUCGACUAACCCAACAUCCCUCCACUUUACGUGUAGACCGCGACGUACCCUCCUACCAAGGCGUUCCAUUCUACCAACGCACAAUCGGUCAGCCGAUUCAGACGCUACGGGAGGGUCUGGAUGGGAUACAGAUUAGUCCAGAUGGGGAGACGAUAUAUUACAGUCCCCUCACUUCAGACUACCUCUACUCGAUCCCCACUGCUAAUCUCCUCACGCCGCCAUCCGACGCCCUCGCCGAACUCACAGCUGCGAACAACGUGACCAACCUCGGUCAGCGCGGCGGGAAUGCGAACGGGUUCGAGGGAGAUAGCAAUGGCCUUGUGUACCAGUGUAUGCCGGAGCACAAUGCGAUUUACGUGUACGAUCCCCAGACGAAGAUGACGGAGCCUUUUGUGCGGGAUCCAAGGAUAAUCUGGCCGGAUGGAGCGAGUAUCGGUGAAGAUGGGUAUUUGUAUAUGAAUAUUAAUCAGUUGCCACGGCAGCCGAAUUGGAAUGAGGGAUUUGAUGGGAGAGUUUUUCCGGGGGCGGUGUUGAGAGUUAAGCUGCCGGGGGGUGGGAGAAAGAUUAUGAGUUUGAGUUGAAGGGCUAAUGUGAAGAUGGGAUGACAGGGGAUCGGAGAUCGAAUUGGAUGAUGUGUAUUAAGCUAUUAUGUUGUUAGUUCAAUCACAACUGUAGUAACGAGUAG